GGGGACCCGGUGGCCCGGGAAAUCUACCUAGGUUAUUUUAUUUUUGUGGAAAAAAAUAUAUAUUUGGGAAUGGUUGACAUCGCAAGCUCAAGCGGUCUUGGGGAUGACAAGGGCAAAGGCCCUGUAGUCCCCAAGACGACCAUUGAGCUAGAGAUUGAGAAGGAAGAGAAGGCCGCAAAAGAAACCCGGAAGCAGAUUGAGUGGCUUAAGAGAGAGAAGGCCGAAGGAGAUAGUAAGUCUCAGGAUGCAGCCAGACGGGCAAUGCUGGCAGAGCACGUAUUGGCUGCUGAAUUUGAUGACAGGUUCAACGACACUAACAGGAAGUUGGCUCUGUGGAUCCGCAUGGAAUUCACCGCAGUCAGAGAUGCCCUCACUGCCUGGAUGGACAGGGCCUCUGCGGUGGAAGACCGUCUGACUCAGGUUGAAGUGAAACCGUCUUCCAUUGUUAAUGAAGCUUUCUUGGCACAGUGUGUUGCAAAGACUCCGGAGGGAGAGUUGGUGGGGAGAUUGAAAGGCACACUAAACGACUUGUUUGGUGCUUGUGUCAGGUACUUGUCUGACGACAGCUUUAUUCGUGUUGCACAUGCGCUAGAGACUGCGGCAAUUCUGCUGCGAGAGAUCUUCAAAAAAAGAUUCAAUGAGCAGGGAUUUACGAUCAUCUCUCUCCUCGCUGGGUCGCUGGAUCAUGCGGAUGCCUUCUUUAAGCGAAUGAUUGGGGACGUUUCUAACCUUCUGAUGCGCACUGAUGUGCCCAUUUUGAUUAAAUCCCUAGGGCUAAGUGUCGAAGUUGUCAUCGGACGUGGGUGGAGUGGUAUCGUUUUGGAAAAAGCGGGAGCGGGAGGGAGCGGGCGCGGACUGGUGAUGGGGGUGGAGUCGUCGAUCGUGGUGAAGCAUCCGAGAGAGGAGGUCAUCAAGGGGCAUGUCGGGUUCGCAGGCGAGGGCGGUUGCAAGGUCUUUGUGGCAUGCUCGCUUGAUGUGGGAGAUGAACGCAAAGUCGGGAAUGACGGUGGUGGGGAGGUGAUGGCGGAGGGAGCGGAUGUAUUGUACGAAGUGGUCCAUGGGACCGGGCUGGCGGAGGUGGCAGAAUUGUUCAAGGUAGUCAUCAAUGGUUUUCUGGGGGCGGAAGGUGGCAGUGAGAAGGUUGGCCCAUUUGAGGAAGGAGUGACGUGGCCCUCCGGAGGCUCGGCGGUUGCUGACUUCAGUCAUCCACCAUUUAGCGGCAUUGCUGAGGAGGCGGGAGGUGGCAAUGGGGAGCUAGUGGGCAAGGGGCUUGUGGUGAAGGCGAUGCUAUUGACCGAGUCGGUUCGGAUGUCAGACAUGUUCAUGGAGGAUGCGGUCACGGAGGACGUGGCGGGAACGGAUGUGGAGGAUGCAGCAGCAGUGGUGGCGGCGGCAGCGGCGCGUUGGGAGUUCUUGGUGCUGCGUGGUGGCAUGCUGUAUUUGGUGAUUCUUACCGCAACGGAUAAUGUGAACAGCAACUCCAUAGCCAGCUACUUCUUUGUCAACGUUAUCUUUGAUGCGAUCACUUCUGUCUUGACGUCGAAGAUCCUUGACGAUGCGCACCGGUUGGAGCUCGACGGGACUCUCGUGCUUUUGCUGCUCCUUCUCUGGCGCGAAAGCGAAAAUGCGUACACGGCCCAAAUAGCAAGCCCUGUUGCUCCUCUGCCUGCGCUCCUGCAUACCGUGAACUCUUUGUUAGGUCAUCAAAGGGGCGCCGGCGUGUUCACACUUCCUGGCCAUGCGAAAACGACAAGUGUGAGCUCUGGUGUGGGGGGCCUCUGGGACUAUGUGUCAUCGUGGAUGACGGCGGCUGCGGAAAUGGGCACCACGGGGUUUGGAGGCCUGAUGAAUGCCACGGGCAUCACCGCAAUGACUGCCGGAUUUGGUACUGGAGGUGGGGUCCAAGGGGCUGGGACCGGGGAUGUUUCGCCUCGGCUGGACCCUAGAUGGUGUUCGUCAACGGCUGGGAUCAUUCUUGUCUACUUCCUGAUCUACCACAAUCCGGUCAUGAAGUCGCAGCAGAUGCAGUAUGUCCCAUCUGUGCCUGUGGGCGCUAUAGCGAAUGUGCACUUAACUGUGAUGGUGAACGCCCCACAAUCAUCAUGGCCUGCAACCGGCAUGCCCUCUGCCGUGCAUGCUUCAGAGAAGGAGAUGUUCCAGAAACCCGGUGUCCCAGAACUGUCAGCUCAAGCGGUUGGGGUACUGGAGUUUGCCCUUGGGAGCGCCCAGGAGCUGAUGGCAGACUCAGAGGACAUCGAGAGGCUCCAUGCAAUCAUUCUUGCGCAUAUGAGCGAGCUCGAGAAACUUGAAGCGACGGCCAGAGAAUUCAAUUUUGGUGGUGACGACUCUCGGCCGUCCAUCUCCAUUGGUGUGCGGCUGAUGAACAUCUCUACUGUGAGGGCUCAUUAUGAGCUGCAGCUCAGCAUCAUGGGGGCUGCAGGGAAAGCUACGGAAAUUGUGGCUCUCCAUGCUGUGAAGAAGAAGGGGUCCGCAAACCUAAAGCUCAAGCCUCGACACACAGGGGCCGGCCAUACGUACAUGGAAGGGACGGCAGAGUACCGGACCGUCAAUGGCCUCAUAAGACCGCUUAUAUCCGAGUACAAGAAAAUGACGCUGAUCAGCUCACCCAAGUUUGAGGUUGACGGUAUGUAGCGAGCGCCAUCGCAAUUGUUUGGAGCUUCAGUGAAUGGAGUUUACAUUUACUAUUGUUUGAGAGCAUUAGAAAGGAAUGCUGCAGAACCUGUUCUGUGUUUUUUUUUAAUGAUCGAGCAAAGGCGUACCUUCUUUUUUGUAGGCUUGCAUGCUCAUUGCGCUGGCGAUGGAGAUCUGUACAGGUUGAGCGUCUGUCCGCCACUCAACAUACCAGUGAAGUUCAGAGAAAGCUUCCGACUGUGAAGACGAAUUGCAUUGACGGCGCAGCUCGUCGAUGGCUUGUCUACUGCGGGAAGGGCAAGCGCUAUCCGUGCAUGCCAUGUCUCGCUGGCAGGACCGGCAACAGAACGACAUUGUUUCAUGUUACGGAUUCUGUUUUAGACACGCGAACACAUAUGGAGGUAAGCCAUUGCUACCACCCGCCUGUGGCUGAAUGGUACACAUGUAUGUGACUGGUCAUGAGUUCAAAUCCUCAUCAAGUGGACACACGGCGAAGCCAUAGCGGAAUGGUUCCUGUGUGAUACGCAAACCCAAACAGACAUGAACAUGCAUACUACGCGAAGCCAUUGCUACCAACAGUCUGUGGCUGAAUAGUACACACACACACACAUGUAAGGGUUGUUGUGGGGACAGCCUACAACAUACAUGCACAUGUAUGCGACUGUUGAUAGACAACAGGUCAUGUGUUCAAAUCCUCAUCGAUCAUAUACAUGGCGAAGCUAUCGAAGACUGGUUCCGAUGUGACAGGAAAUGGAAUCGACAUGAGCAUGCAUACGAAGCCGAUGCUACCAACUGCCUGUGGCUGAAUGGGACACACAUGUACGUGACUGUUGAUUUAACAACAGGUCAUGGGUUCAAAUCCCCAUUGCGUCAGAUAUCCCAUAAAGCCAUUGCCGACCGGUUCCCUCCCCUGUGAUAGGCUACCGAAGCAAGUCUGACAAUUUCGGUGAGGAGGAGGCCGGAAGGAACAACCAGGCAGUUAGAAGGCUGUGAGUCUUCGAGUUCCAAGAGGGAGUAGUGUGUGUCCAUGACUGUUGAAUAACGGUGUCAUGUUCACCGACGGUACUAGUGACCACCGGGCUGUCAUGGUGGUACAAAUGCAACAGGAUGUUGAUGCCCUAGUUAUGGGGUUCUUAUCCCAAACGCGGGUCUUCUUCUCUGAAUCCCAUAACUUCCUUCAGAUAACUAUAUCGCCCAGACUUAUGGGUUUCAUAUCGCCAUGGCCAAGCUAUGGGAUGCAUAUCGCCAAGGAUCGUCUUCGACUCUUCGUCUCCAAAUCCCAUAACUUUCUUCAGGUAAUCGUCUCCAAUCCCACAACUUUCUCCAGGUACCAUAUUCAUCAAAGUUAUGGGAUUCAUAUUGCGAAGUUAUGUGACAGAUAUCGCUAUACGGGUUGUGGUUAGAAGAGUGAAUUUGUAAUUGCAGAGCCGC